UCUGGUUUCCUCUGAGUCAGACUCUCCGUGUCGCUCCCCCGGCCCCCUCCCCGCCGGGGAAAGACGAGAUGGGUCCGGAGAGCAUCCGAGCCCAGACGCCAAGGGGUCUGUGCCCCCUGCUCCGUGCAGAGAGCCGUCCCAGCCACAGUGGCCCCACGGCCUCCAGGAGCCUGAGCUCAGCUCCCCCUGCUCUGCGUCCCGUGCAGGGCGAAGGAGAGGCCACUGCGCUGCUGUACGGGCGGGUGUCCUGCAGACUCAGUGCCAGGAGCUGCACGACCACCAUCAGCAGGUCUGGGACAGCCGGGCAGCGGGGCGGCCUGCCCACGCUGAGCUCCUCUUCCCCCCAGGCGCGGCACGGCAGGGAUGAGGAGCCGGCAGCGGAUGUUUGCCGCGGUGAUGCGCCUGCUCCUCAAGUGCCUGCGGCUGGGCCGGCGGCGGCGGUUUAAGCUGUUGCGGCAGGCGGAGCAGCUGUGGCACUACGGGCACCUCUGCCUCCGCUCCCUGCUCUACAACUCCUUCACCAACGGCGACGUGGUGCUCGACUCCCUCUUUGAGCCCGUCUACUGGCUGGUGGACCACGUCACCCGGUGGUUUGGUGUGGUGUUUGUGGCACUGGUGAUCGGGCUGACGAGCUCCAUCGUUGCCAUCGUGUACAUCUGCCUGCUGCCCCUCAUCCUGCAGACCUACACACCAGCCUGGAUCUGCUGGCACCUCGCCUACGGACACUGGAACCUCAUCAUGAUUGUCUUCCACUACUACAUGGCCAUCACCACCUCACCAGGGCACCCACCGCAGGCCAAGGACGAUCUCACCGGCGUCUCCAUCUGCAGGAAAUGCAUCGCCCCCAAGCCAGCUCGCACCCACCACUGCAGCAUCUGCAACAGGUGUGUGCUGAAGAUGGACCAUCACUGCCCCUGGCUAAACAACUGUGUGGGACACUACAACCAUCGCUACUUCUUCUCUUUCUGCCUCUUCAUGACCAUGGGCUGCAUCUACUGCAGCAUCAGCGGCUGGGAGAUGUUCCGCGACGCCUACGCGGCCAUCGAGAGAAUGAAACUGCUUGAGAAGGAGAGACUGCAGGUGGCUGCCAACCAGACAUACUACCAGACCCCACCACCCACCUUCACCUUCCGCCAGCGAGCUUUCCACAAGAGCGUGGUCUACCUCUGGGUACUGUGCAGCUCAGUUGCGUUGGCACUGGGUGCCCUCACGCUGUGGCACGCGGCCCUCAUCACCCGCGGGGAAACCAGCAUCGAGCGGCACAUCAACAAGAAGGAGAGGCAGAGGCUGCAGAAGAAAGGCAAGGUGAGCACAGCCCGCGGGGCGGGAGGGAGGGCUGCCCGGGGCAGAGCCAGGCAUGAUGUGCAUCUCCCCGGCCUGCAGGUCUUCAGGAACCCCUACAGUUACGGUGGCUGGGAUAACUGGAAGGUGUUCCUCGGUGUGGACGUGCCAAGGCACUGGCUCACCCGCGUCCUGCUGCCCUCUCCUCACCUGCCCCACGGCACAGGCCUGAGCUGGGACCUGCCCCCCUGCGUGACCAAGCAGCGCACCCCACUCCUGGCCAUCUGAAACCCCGGGUGCUGCAGGUGUCCCUCCCCGCAGGCUGGGGAGCGCACGGGGACCCAGCUCCACCACUGUGGCUCCCACUGGCCCAAGUGCCUGGCAGAAGAGGGGUGCUGGCACACAGUGCUGACCGGAGCCAGAGCCAUGGGAGACUGUUUGGACAGUUGUCAGUGCCUGGCUGCCUGCUCCCUUGGCUCCGUGGGGGCUGCAGGCAGUCCCGGGGGACAGGCAGAGCUGCUGCUCCCCGCUCCAGCCGAAGGUGCUGCCCUCGCUGGCACAGGUACGGCCCCGCUCGCAGCCCAGCUGGCUCUCUGCAGCAGGGCUGGGCACACAGGAUGGCACCCCUGCCCCCACGCACUCCCCAGGGAGCCUUUUUAAGACCAUCCAAUAAAUAUUUUUUUUUUUAA